GUCUCAAAAAAAAAAAAAAAAAAAACAGAUUUAAAAAUUGGUGAAAGGUCUUUACACUUUACAAACAGUCCACGAGAUUCCUCCCAUCCCGUCACCCAUGCAAGUAUUAAGUAGGUCUUGGGGACUGAAGUUCCUGCAGCUGGGCCCUGUCCCUCACACCCGCAGUUGUGCGGUAGCUGACAAGUUACUCACCCACCCAGUGCUUACAGGAGAAGGCUGGGUUCCGAGACCCAGAGCCCCGAUCCGGCUAAUUCUAUGUUGCAAGCAGGAAAUCUAGGUGUAUCAGCCACUCGCCCGUCCAGGGCAGGCUCCCUACCCAGGGCACGUGAGUGGAGAGCUUGGGAGCUGAGCUCUUCCUCAGCUGCUGGGACAGGCAGAGAGACCAGAAGCCAUGGGUUUGCGCUAGCAGGGCAUAGCUAUUUUUAAGUGACAUGUCUCGGCUAUUUCAAGGUUUGGAUUUUUAUUUUAUUUAUUUUUUUCUGUACUUUCUCAUGACUCACAUCUUUCAAAAUGGUGUCUCGGGCAUUUUUAAUGCUGAAAUCAUCUCAACUUCACAACUGGUCAAAAAAAAUGUUUAAGAGCAAAUCAGCUCUUUAUCAUUCAAAUAUAAAAAGGUACAUAUUAGAGUUGUCAACUUUCUACUGCUGGAAGAAAACCCCACGUUAGUAUUUUUCCAUUAGAAAUUUAACACAGCAUUCUGUUUAGAAAAUGUGUGUGUGUGUUUUCUAAAAUACACAUCUGUAAGACUUUAAAUUGCUAUUGCACAGAUGCCUUGAGGCGCCUCUGCAACAGGCUCCUAACGAAACACCACCAAGCAGCUGACACCCUGGCAGGCCCCAAGGGGCCGAGUGCACCUGGAGGCCCAGCACCCUACUCCUGCACCUGCACCAGCUCUCCUGCGGGGGAGCAGGCCCCGAGGGGCCGAGCGCACCUGGAGGCCCAGCACCCCACUCCUGCACCUGCUCCAGCUCUCCUGCGGGGGAACAGGCCCCGAGGGGCGGAGCGCACCUGGAGGCCCAGCACCCCACUCCUGUACCUGCUCCAGCUCUCCUGCGGGGAAGCAGGCCCCGAGGGGCCGAGCGCACCUGGAGGCCCAGCACCCCACUCCUGUACCUGCUCCAGCUCUCCUGCGGGGGAGCAGGCCCUGAGGGGCCGAGCGCACCUGGAGGCCCAGCACCCCACUCCUCUGUCUGCACCAGCUCUCCCGGCGGGGGUGGGGGUGGGGGUCCCACGCAGGCCUCUGAACCGCGCCUCAGGCUGCAGCAGCCGCAUUACUCAUACUCAGCGGACAAAGGAUCCAAUCUCACCGCUUGGAAACAUUUCAGAGGGAAAACGACACCCAGAAGUAGGAGUGAGAUUCGCUGAAGUUCCGUUCGGAGAAAGACUCACCCCUCGGCCUGGACAGCCAGGGCUGGCAGUGCCUGAGGACCCCCUCAGCCUGGGCAGCCCAUGCCGGGGUUGGGGGGCCUGGCUCUGCUCUCGCUCUGCUCUCACGGGGCAGCCCAGGGUUCCCCAAGCGGCGGCUGAAAUUCGAAUGGCCAGCAGGUGGCGCACUCGGAGGCGGCCGCCCCGCACGAGGCGGUUCGGGGGCCUCUGGAGUCCGCGGAGGGAGGUUUAUUCUCCGCCCACAUGAGGCCGUGGAGGCUGUGAAAUCCGCAACCACGGGCAACGGAGGCGGCCUGCUGGGCAAGAGGCCACCAACACCUGGCCGGCAGGUAAGUUCCGACGCCUCUGCAGCGAGCGCGGGAGGCGGGACCUGAGGCGCCGCCAACACUCAGAGAAAACUACGGGCUGAGGGUCCCUCAUCUGAACGCUUGGGACCAGAGGAGUUCGGAGUUCAGAUUUCUGCAGAUUUUGGAAUACCUGCAGCUACAGAAUGAGAAAGCUAAAUACAAAAUUCAUUUGUGUUUCAUACACACCUUACACACACUGCCUGAAAGUAACUUUAUACAACACUUUUAAUAAUUUCAUGUAUAAAACAAACUUUGAACUGUGCCUGGGACUGCAGCCCGCCACACGAGGUCAGGUGUGGAAUUUUCCACUUGAGGCACGACGCUCCAACAGUGUUGGACUGUGGGGCACUCUGGACUUCAGAUUUCCAGAUGCUCAACCAGUACUCAGAUUCCUAAGUUACUUGUCAGAAAUGCCUGCUAUUUCUUGGGAUUACAUUUCUCUCUGCAAAUGUCUGUGAAAUUCCUAAGUUAAAUUCUUUAUGUAUCAUGCACGUGCUACUAAGUCAAUUACGAAAUUUAGUGUUUAACGCAGGUCAGCUGCAAAAACAAGAAUAUUGCUUGCUUCAACCCAGGAUGACAGGUUAUUACCUAAAAGAUACACAAUAGCUAGAAUGAUGCCUUCAAACUUAAAGAAAGGUUUGUAUCUGUGGGUGAAGAAAAGCAGUUAAACUUCCAUAAAAGUAAGUCUAGUGGAACUGAGCUGAUUGCCAAAGUGUGGGAGAAAAAAGGCCAGCAAAAAAAUGGUUAACGCUAGCAUUCGGAGGAGGCCGCCCAGAGCCCAGCCAGAGAGGAGCAGGCGGAGGGGGCCUAUAAAGCCCUGUGCCAAGGGGCAGACUCACUGGCUCAGACGGAGGACGCACCCGCCGGCAGGCUCAGAUGGAGGACGCACCCACUGGCCAGCCGGGAACCUUCCCUCGAGGGCUCCCAGGGCGGGUCUCUUCCUCUCUCCAGCCCUGCUCAGGCAUUCGGCAGGUCCAGCAGAGGUACACCUCCUGCAGCUGGGUUCCGAGUGCACCUCCAGCCUGAUGGGCCUGACCAAGGAGGCUUCCAGGACCACAGAAGGGGCUGCAACCCAGGUACCCAGAGAGUGAGCGUCUCCACGCAGGACAGUGCACGGCGGCUGACACCUGCAGGGACGCCCGCCGGACGAGCACGCGGAGGACCCUGGCCUCCACAGACGUGCCAUGCCAGCGUGCGGAGCAUCUGUUCCUCCCACUCUCUGCAGUUCACAAACCCAACCCAAACCACCACAGGUGCUCCUCGGGAGUUUCCUGUCUAACAAAUGCUGGGCUCACUUCAGGGAGAAUCACGCUUCUUUCUAAAGAUGGAUUCGCUGUUUAAAACAGAGCUCUGGGAGCCUUUUGGCAAAUCUUGAAAGCUGCACGGUGCAGAGAUAUGGAUGUGACUUCCCAAGCCUGGGGCAUGGGCCUGGAGAUGUACCCGGGCACCAUGCAGCCUGCAGCCCCCAACACCACCUCCCCCGAGCUCAACCUGUCCCACCCGCUCCUGGGCGCUGCCGUGGCAAACGGGACAGGCGAGCUCUCAGAGCACCAGCAGUACGUGAUCGGCCUGUUCCUCUCGUGCCUCUACACCAUAUUCCUUUUCCCCAUCGGCUUUGUGGGCAACAUCCUGAUCCUGGUGGUGAACAUCAGCUUCCGGGAGAAGAUGACCAUCCCCGACCUGUACUUCAUCAACCUGGCGGUGGCGGACCUCAUCCUGGUGGCCGACUCCCUCAUUGAGGUGUUCAACCUGCACGAGCAGUACUAUGACAUCGCCGUGCUGUGCACCUUCAUGUCGCUGUUCCUGCAGGUCAACAUGUACAGCAGCGUCUUCUUCCUCACCUGGAUGAGCUUCGACCGCUACAUCGCCCUGGCCAGGGCCAUGCGCUGCAGCCUGUUCCGCACCAAGCACCACGCCCGGCUGAGCUGUGGCCUCAUCUGGAUGGCAUCUGUGUCAGCCACGCUGGUGCCCUUCACCGCCGUGCACCUGCAGCACACCGACGAGGCCUGCUUCUGCUUCGCAGACGUCCGGGAGGUGCAGUGGCUCGAGGUUACGCUGGGCUUCAUUGUGCCCUUCGCCAUCAUCGGCCUGUGCUACUCCCUCAUUGUCCGGGUGCUGGUCAGGGCACACCGGCACCGCGGUCUGCGGCCCCGGCGGCAGAAGGCACUCCGCAUGAUCCUCGCGGUGGUGCUGGUCUUCUUCGUCUGCUGGCUGCCGGAGAACGUCUUCAUCAGUGUGCACCUCCUGCAGCGGACGCAGCCCGGGGCCGCUCCCUGCAAGCAGUCUUUUCGCCACGCCCACCCGCUCACCGGCCACAUUGUCAACCUCGCGGCCUUCUCCAACAGCUGCCUCAACCCCCUCAUCUACAGCUUUCUCGGGGAGACCUUCAGGGAAAAGCUGAGGCUGUACAUUGAGCAGAAAACAAACCUGCCGGCCCUGAACCGCUUCUGCCACGCCGCCCUGAAGGCCGUCAUUCCAGACAGCACCGAGCAGUCGGACGUGAGGUUCAGCAGUGCCGUGUAGGCGGUCUCGGCCGCACAGGCCCCGCCGGCGUGUGACUCGGGAGCUGCACGCACCUGGGUGGACACAAGGCACGGCCAUGUCAUGUCUCUAGACCGCUGUCAGACGUGGCUCCGGCUCCUCGGGGCCUCGCGAGAGUCACACUUGCCUGGUCACCCUGGGGCUGCUAAGGAAACCUCACGACUGGUCCUCCUUGACCCUGCACUCCUCACUCCUCACACAGAAUUGCUACAAUCCCAAAACGCUCGCCCCGCAGGGUCCAAAGGUCAGCGCUGACCAGCCUGUCGCCGUGGUCCUCCCCAUACACCCUGCCUGGCGC